AUGCGUGAAUCCGGUGUGUGCGUAAAGUACCCCUUGGAGGAGGCGACAAACGUGACGCGCUACUCGUGGUUCGAGCGCAGCAACCUCGUUGCGUACGAGCCAGGUAUGCGCCGUCGAUUGUCGCAGGAUUCCUCCAUGUUGCAAUCUGCGGGAGAUGUGCAUAACGAGAAUGCUCCCAAUCUCCAAAACGACGGGAUAGGCUUGUCUCCGGGCCCCUCCGCCACCCAGCGCGAGGAGAGCUCUGCGGUCAACGGCGCCGGCUCGAGGGGCGGGUACCGCGUGGAAGGUAACGGAGAAAGAGACGGUCAGUUGGAUCAGAACGCUACGAGUUCGAAACUUCCCACCGUUUUGGUGGAACACCGGUGGUCGUUCCUCUUCUCGCGGUCCUCGCGUACGGGCAAGUCUCCUUCGGCCCCUUUGUUCGAAAAGAAAGCCAGUGACUCUGGCACGCCAGGCGCAAAAGCGACCGAUGUUGCGCCGCUGAGACCCUUAGGCAAGCCCAAUAAGCAGACCGGAAAUGAAGAAGAUCCGUCCUCUGCGGAUGACGAUAGCGACUCUUCCAAACACAAGGUUACCACAGUGCAGGCAGCAUUCAAUUCGCCUGGGUUCGGCGGCCGUUCUUCCGUUCUGAGAUGUCUUGUAAUGGACCUGGAGCUGCGUUUUGUCGCCCGAACGCAGAUGAAUUACUCAUUCCACCUGUCUGCAAUAUCUGAGCGCGUGGUUCACGAGGGGGUGUACCACAUCGUUAAUUUCACUCGCGGGUGGAACCCGGUGAUCACAAAUGAGCCCAUUGACAUGGACUGCGUGUUACGAUUGCUGCAGGUACUAGAUGAUGUUGUAAGGGACUCUGUGAUGGAGAAGCAAGAGCAAUCCGAAGGCACAGCGGACAAGGAGCAGGAUGAGCCGGCACGCAAAUUCCAGAAGGUUGCCGGGGACUCCGCCUUCGAAUCACACGCGCGUUCAGCUAGCGUGUCUGGAAAUGUUGCCGCCCAAAACUCAAGCGCGGAUAGGGACGGAGAAGGGCGAAGUACUAUGCACAUAGGAGCGGAGCCGUUGUCAAACACUAUACCUACAGAUGCCACACGCACUGAUACCCCGAAGCCGUCUACGCUGGGGUCCGUAUUUUUGUCGCUGUCAUCGGCCCGCGGCAGGUUGUUGCAAGGAAGUCGCGCUGCUGCGUCCGGGCAAUUUGAUGCUGAGGACCGUCUUUUCGCUUUGAUCAGAAGGUCGUCGGGGGUGGAUUGCUCCGAUGCGCUCAUAUCCGGCGUCGUGGACUCUCUUAUAUGCGCUUACACCAACGAGGGCGGUGUAAAAGGGACGGGUGGCUUCGUCCGACGCCACGUCCGUGUUGAAAGGAGAUUAGUCCAGUUCGAACAACCACCACGCCCGCUUUCCUCUGAUGCGGAUGGCGGUCAUCCGGCAGCGUACUGCGACGGCUCAGAGGCUGUUGAACGUAUGUGUCUCUGCUGCUCGAAGUACGCAGUGUGCCCAACAGUGUUCAACGAGUACAUCAUCUUCGGAGGCACCCCGGCGAUUCCCCCGGAUAUGGAGCUAGGUCUCUGGAUCUUUGACUCCCCUUUCACACGCGUAAAGAUGCGCGACGUGCCCGUUGUCUACCACCAGCAAGUGCAGUAUUCCACCAAGAAAUACAUCACCGUCGCGGAUUUGAACGAUGCUAUCCUGUCUACUCGCGUACUGAACUUAAGAAUGGAGUUCUGCGGUCGCGGAGACUGGGUUUUUGAUGACGGUACUCUCCCGUUGAACGAAACCGACAAGGCUCGUACCAUCUACGGCAAGGUCGUGUCGGCUGACGACCUGAUGCAGCUAGAAUUUUCCGGAACUGUGAACCAAAUCGCCAAGAAAUUCUUCGUUUUACAAAAGGCCUUCCUGUCUACAGGCAAGGAAGGAACAUCGCGCCUCAUCUUCAUGGACCCAUACGCCAACAUCGACGCCAGCAUCUGCGACGACAAGGAUUACGUCGACCACCUCAUCGACUUGCUGACUGUAAUGUACAAGGAGAGCCCUGGCAACUUUUUAGCGUCGUGCAACGGCUACUACUAUCACGAGGACGGCUUCCUGCCCGAGAGCAUUGACGUGCAGAGGCUGCGUAACACACUUUUCAACCUCGAAAGCAGCCACUACCGCACGGCCAUGUUGGCCGACAUUGUGUCGGACCAGAAGCACGUGCUCGGUCUGUCUCAGAAGAUGCCGUUCUUGACCAAGUGCAAGCGGGUGAUGAUCGGCAAGUCACGCAUUCACGGCUACGGGCUGUUCGCUGUCGACAACAUCAACAAGGGCGACCUCAUUUUGGAAUACGCUGGUGUGGUCAUCUCCGACCACAUGGCGGACAUCCGCGAAACCAUAUACGACCGGUUGCUAUGCGGCAGCAUCUACAUGUUCAGGCUGGACCUGAACCACAUCAUCGACUCUACGUUCUACGGCAACUGCGCGCGCUUCAUCAACCACUCAUGCGACCCCAACACCGCGACUACCAACUUCAGCUACAUCGACGAGGACGGUUUCGGCGCCCACGUCGGCAUAUACGCGUCGAAGGUGAUCCCGGCUGGAGAGGAGAUUUACUACAAUUACCGACUGUCUGCAGGCUCGGCCAACCGCGAGGUGUGCCACUGCGGUUCCUAUAUGUGCACGGGAUACAUGUCGCUCGUCAAGUAA